GCCUUACUUACUAAUCUAGAAAAAAAAAACGUUCAUUCAGUCAUUAGCUGAGAAGCAAGGUCACUGUGACAGCGUGUUUCUUAACAGUAUUACGGCCACCAUCGAGCGAGGGCAGACGGCAACUUUUAAUUCGAUGUAUAGUGUACAGCUAUAAUAAUUUUCCUCCAAGCCGAAAGACGCAUAUGAAGAAAGCAAACAUAAAUCCACAUCAAAUUUACCAAAGAAUGGACCCUACCAAGCCGCCUACGCCCGGCUACCCGGGGGAGAAGAGUAUGCCCUUGCCGCCGAUGGGACGCGUGCUCAAGCCCGAAGAACAGGCCGCAGGUCGUGGUGGAGGCUUACCGUUCUCCACAGGGGGUAUCGGUAUAGGGCGAGGUUUCAUUACUCCUGGUGGUUCAUCACCUAUGCAGUUUGGCCGAGGAGCAGCAAUGCUCGCCAGUGUACCUUUGGUUGGAUUUGCAAGAGGAAUGCCCACGGCUCAAGACCGAGUAGGGAUCGGCCUGGCGAGAGGCAUGCGGCUCCCUGUAGCUGAACCUAAGGUAGGAACCGCAGCAGAACCGCCCAGUUUGCCAGGCUUGCAUCCAAAACCUGGGCAUGGACAACCGUCUGAACCUAUGGUGCUUGAUAAAACGGAGAAGAAGUCUGAGAAUGUGGCCCAAGGAGAAGUGACAGCCAGAACGAUUGACCUGACCAAUCAAGGCUCCUCUCUGGUGUCCAUGUUUCGGGGGAUUGGCCUGGAACCAUCCAAAGCAUUUAUGGGACGAGGACGACCACCAGGGGGACUGAUGGCGGCUGGAGACCCAACUGCAGAAAUGAGGUUGCCACCAGGCAGCCCAGGGACGGGUGAGAAACCGCAGGACAACACGGUUCCAGUCAGCAGCUUCCUUGGCCGAGGCCUGCCACCCAGUGCGAGGAUGAUGGGCCUUGGACGGGCUGCGAUGCCUUACCUUGGCAUGGGCAGGGGACCCUCUGUGGCUCCCCCUCUCCUCCAGGCCCCCCCGAGUCCUGCCGCCUCCACCACAUUCAGUCUGCCGACACCCCCUACCAGCCCUGCCGCAGAAACUAUGCAGGCUCCAACUCAAAAAUCUCCAGGGCACCCUAUCGGCACUCCGACCAAAGUGCCUCUCGCCAUGGACAAAACAAGCAAAGAGCCACUGAACAAGGUGGGGACCAAAGGACGACCCAUAACUAUAGGAUCAAACCACGUGUCCAUCGGCCUCAAGAACGAGGCAGUGUACCAAUACCAUGUUACAUUUACGCCCAACAUUGAGUCAAUGUCGAUGCGGUUUGCUAUGAUGAAGGCUCACCGCCCGACCACCGGAGAAGUUGUGGCUUUUGAUGGCUCAAUCCUCUUCCUACCGAUGAAGUUGAAGGAUGUGGUGCUCCUGAAGAGCGAACGGCGGACCGACAACCAGGAAAUAGAGGUCAAGAUCCAGAUGACCAAGAUCCUGCCCCCCAACUCGGAUCUCUGCAUUACCUUCUACAACGUGGUGCUGAGGAGGAUCAUGAAAAUGGUUGGGCUGAAGCUUGUUGGACACAAUCAUUUCGACCCACAAAGUGCCAUCAUUCUGGGAAAACAUCGACUGCAGGUGUGGCCUGGGUACACAACCAGCAUCAAGAGAACGGACGGCGGUUUGUUUCUGUCGGUGGACGUGGCCCACAAAGUGCUGAGGAACGACUCGGUGCUUAAUGCCAUGAACAUAAUUUAUCAACAGAGCACGGAGUACUUCCAGGACGAGUGUGCCAAGGAGCUGGUCGGUAGCAUCGUCAUUACGCGCUACAACAACCGCACGUACCGCAUCGAUGACAUUGAGUGGAAAAAGGCUCCUAAAGACAUCUUCACACUCGCUGACGGCUCCACCACCACCUUCGUAGACUACUACAGCAAGAACUAUGGGAUCACAAUCAAGGAGCUGGACCAACCCCUGCUGGUCAAUCGACCCAAGGAGAGGUCCAACCCAGGAGGGAAGCAAAUCACAGGGGAGCUUCUCCUGGUACCCGAGCUCUGCUUCAUGACGGGGAUCCCUGAAAGGAUGAAGAAGGAUUUCCGUGCCAUGAAGGACUUGACGAUGCACAUCAACGUCAGCAGUGAGCAGCACACCACCUCAAUCAACCAGCUCCUAUACAAAAUAAAGAACAACCCCGAGACGAUAAAAGAACUGGAAAAUUGGGGACUGGACGUCAACAGCGAGAAUAUCACUACUGAAGGCCGAAUUCUUCCACCUGAGACGAUCUGCAUGCAGUCGGCAUCCAUUGUCCCUGGUGCUGAUAUGUCCUGGUCCAAGGAGAUCGGCAGAGAGGCUUCCAUCAGCUGUAUCCCUCUACAAGUCUGGGCCAUCUUCUACACCCGGCGCUGUGCGGAGCAAGCGGAGGAGCUCCUGUCCACCUUUCAGAAGGUGGCUGGCGCCAUGGGAAUGCGCAUCGAGCGACCAAUCAAGAUAGAGCUGCGCGACGACCGCACGGAGAACUACGUGAAGAGUAUCCACUCUCAGCUCACCAGCGAGCCCAACAUGCAGAUGGUUGUCUGCAUCAUCCCAGGCAACCGGGAUGACCUCUACAGUGCCAUCAAGAAGCUGUGCUGCGUCAAGAACCCCGUCCCCUCGCAGGUGAUCAAUUCUAGGACAAUUUCGCAGCCUCUGAAGCUGAGAAGUAUUGCCCAAAAGAUCCUCCUUCAGAUGAACUGCAAGGUGGGAGGAGAGCUGUGGACGGUCAACGUCCCUCUGAAACAUCUCAUGGUGAUCGGAGUUGAUGUCCACCAUGAUCCCAGCAAGCGGAACAGAUCUGCCAUGGGUUUUGUAGCAAGCUUGAAUAGCCUGCUCACACAGUGGUACUCCAGAGUAACCUUCCAGUCCGCCCAUGAGGAGAUCAUCAACGGCUUCCAGGUGUGCCUCCUGGCUGCUCUGCAGAAGUACUACGAGGUGAACCACAAUCUGCCAGAGAAGAUCGUGGUGUACCGGGACGGGGUGUCAGACAGCCAGCUAAAUGUGGUGGCCGCCCACGAGGUCCCGCAGCUGCUCAAGUCUUUCAGGACGUUCCCGAGCUAUGAGCCAAAGCUGGUGUUCAUAGUGGUGCAGAAGAGGAUCAACACCACCCUCUACUCCAAGGCCGGGGACCGCCUCGUGACCCCUCCACCUGGGACUGUUCUGGACCACACCCUGACACAGAGAGAAUGGGUGGACUUCUUCCUGAUGGCACAUUCCAUCCGCCAAGGAUGUGGCUUCCCUACACACUACGUCUCGGUGUACAACACAGCCAAUCUGCCCCCUGACCACUUGCAACGGCUCACUUUCAAGAUGUGCCACAUUUACUGGAACUGGCCUGGAACCAUCCGAGUACCAGCACCCUGCAAAUAUGCCCACAAGCUGGCCUUUCUUGCGGGCAUGUAUCUACAUGCCGAACCAGGAAUCCAAUUAUCGGACCGUUUAUAUUUCCUUUAACUCUUUUUAUUUUUCCUUUAACUACAGUGCCUUCACUGUAAUUGUUAGCUAAUCUUGUUGUUUUUUCUUACUGGUUUUACUUUUUCCUUUUAGGUUUUCAUUUGAAUUCCAACCAGUAUUUAUGUUUACUUGUUCCAAGUAUUUUUCAUAAUACUAUAAUAAACAGGGUUACAAACCAAAUGAAACCUA